GUCAGUGCUUGUCAGAAGUCAAAACCUAACCUAACAAAGAAAAGGUCGAUAAUUUUAAUUGAUCCUGAAAAUAGCUAGCUAUGUCUAUACCAUAUAGUGGAACAUUCAAGAGAUCUGGAGGUGUUGUAUCAGCAAUAGGAAAACAAUUAAAAGCUGUAAAUCUCAAAGCGGCUAAAAGGAUUACAGUAAAAUUUGACCCGUUUGCCGAUAAUGUUACUCAUACAAGGAACUUUUUACAUUAUAUGAGCGCGAAGAAGAUAGCUUUAACAAAUACAAAUUGUGCUCUUAAAACUGAAGUAGUUUGUGACAGAAGUGAACCUACUAUUGAAAUAACAUUAGCACCAUCAAUAGCUGAAACAGAAAAAAUUGCAAAAGUUACCUUUAAGUGUGGCAAUUUAACCUGCCUUGAGAUACUUCAGCUGUUGAACAAGCACAUAUCAUCCAAGGCACCAGUCGAUCAAAUAGCCACUACACAAACCAAAUUAGAAAAGAAGUCUAAAAAGAAGUAG